UGGUUCCUUCGAGACAUGGCACAUGUGCUGCGGCUGCUUCACUGCGUCAUGACAUCUUUGUGCGGAAAUAAAUGUUUAAAAGCUAGUUGAUUGUCAACAUCUGAACAUUUUCAACUUGCAGAUGUUCCAACCAGCAAUUCCACGGCGAACUUUGCUGCAAGACACGUUUCAAGCCGUCGAUGACGUCGUGUGCUCGUCAACUCCUUCGUACUUCUAGACCUCGCCCUGCAGAUCCAAGCGAACACACAUUUUACAAAAGCCAAGCUGUCCUUCCUAGCUACGAAGGGCCUCAUCAACUGUCUGAACCGAUUCGAAAGGUACAGAUUAGCCAGCUACCAACAAGGCUACACAUCUCAGUUACAAGGACCAGGCCAGCAAUCGCCAAAUCUACUAAGUUAGCACUCCGAUUCCUGUCCACAUCAACCGCCACAAUGUCGUGGAUGGACUCCUGGUCCCGUCCCUCAAAGUCCCAAGCCACGCCCCCACCCCUCUACCUCACCAUUGGCGACUCUGUCCCCUACUGCCACUCAUGCGGCCGUGUCAUCGGGGACCGCAAGAAAACCUCAGGCGCAACCGAAGUCAAAUACUGCUCUCAACGCUGCAGACACCAAAAGCCCGGGCCCGUGGACCGCAAGAUCGAAGCCACGUUCGCUAAACUGCUGGAAGGCGCGACUCCGGAAUCGAUUAGGGAAGAGCAGGCAGUCGCAAAGAGUAAAGAGAGUGAAGAGAAAGAUGGAAGUAAGGAACUUGGGAAGGAGAAGGAGAAGGAGAAGGGGGAUACGGCGGACGAAGACGAAGGCAGCAAGUUCGGCAAGAAGAACAAGUCGUCGCACAAGAAGAAAAGUUCCAAGACAAAGAAUACACCCAAAGGCGACCACAGAAUCACAAUCGACUGCACCGCCGUCGAAGAACUAGUUUUCAACCGCGAAAAAGACCCGGAGAAAGUCUACGGCCGGCGCAAAAACCGCCGUGCAAGAUUCGUCGUUGAGAAGCCAGAGGACUGGAAGAGCGUCGAUAUGGUUGACCAUCCCCCGCCUGCUUUGGCGGCUAAUCCCGCUGCGGGUGCGGAGGAGAUUAGUAGUGCGGAAGAUACGUUUUCGGACUCUGAGCCCGAGGAUCAGGGUGGCAUCGCUCUCGAGAACGGUGAAGCUGCAAGUCAAAAGAAGGAGAAGGAAUUGGGAGAUGUAGUCGAGUAUGGCUACGGCGGCGGUAAGGUUCGGCCGCCGCAAGACCAGUCAGACAUCAAUGGAUCUAUUGGUGGAGAAAAAGGGUGGGCGGAGCGGCAGCAUGAGACUGAGGAGGCGAAGCAGCGCCGUCUCGAAGGCCAGAGGCGCGCUGAUGAGCGGGAGAUGGUACGCAAGGCAGCAAGGCGUGGCUGUGCCUUUGGGUUCUUGACAGAGGGAGAGGAGGGUGUAAGAGGUGGUGAAAAGGGCGAGAGGAGAAAGUGCGAAGCGGUCAUGAAAGGUGCGGUUGUGGAAGCCAGUUUUGCGAAGGGCGAAUGGGGUGUUCGGUGGCGGGAGAAGGUGUAGAAGCUCUCAUGAGAGGAUGAGGUGUUGAAGUGGAUGAAGUGUAAGAUUAACUCAACGCGUGACGUAACGUCAGGUAUCAAUAACAUGAAAAGGCCUCCCAGAAACGUGGAUGGCCGGACAACUACCAUGUAAACCCAGCCU